AUGUUUAGAGAGAGAACAAAUCUAUAUCUCUCUUAUCGUAGAACUUUUCCUCAUUUUAAUCGAGUUUCAACUAUAAGUGAUGAAGAGUUUGAAAUAUAUAGCGAUGGCUCUGAAGCUGAUGAUGAUUCUGGGGGAAAUACAGAACAUCAUGCAUUACUUGAUAUUGAAGCUAACCCCAGAGCACAUAAAAAGAGAAAUAGAAAUUACAUUCCUAAAUUUAUAUUAAUGACUGAUGACAUUGAUUCCAAUAUACAGCAAAUCGAAAAAUUGAUGCAAAAAUUGAGUAAAUUGUAUAAAAAGAAUUCGUUGCCUGGUUUUGAAGAUAAAAGUCAUGAUGAAGAUGAGAUAGAAGAAAUUAGUUUUGAUAUAACAAAAUAUUUUCAAAAAUGCUAUAAUGUAAUAAAAACAUUGUCUCACAUAUACAGUGAACAAAAAUACAAGGGUAAACAAUUAAAAGUAGAUGAGUUAAUGAUUGUUGAUAAUUUGCAAAAAAAAUAUGCCUUGAAAAUACAAUCAGGUAGUAAUAAGUUUAGAGUUUUACAGAACUCUUAUUUGAAGUUUUUAAAUAAAGAUGAUCUAAAACCAAUUAUACCAAAAAUCACCCUAAAUUCUUCAUUUCUUUUGACGUUAGAAGAAGAAGAGAAUAUUGAUACAACAGAUACACCCGGAGAUAUUGAAUCAUAUUCAAGGCAAACUUUACAGAAGCAACAAAAAAAUGAAUCGUCUCAACAAUUUUUGAAUCAAAGAGAUGAGGAAAUCAAGAAACUAGCAAAGGGUGUUUUAGAAGUAAGUACAAUUUUUAGAGAGAUGCAGAAUCUAAUUAUUGAUCAAGGUACUAUUGUUGAUAGAAUUGACUACAACUUAGAGAAUACAGUAAUUGAAUUAAAACAAGCAGAUAAAGAAAUAAAUAAAGCAGUAACUUAUCAAAAAAACACUCAAAAGUGUAAGAUAAUAUUAUUGUUGUCACUUUGUGUUUUAGCAUUAUUCUUAUUUAUUAUGUUAAGACCUCACGGUGGUAAAACAAGAAUUAUUGAAAAACCGGUUCCAGCACUUCCGACAAAACCAACUCCAGUAAGUAUAACAGAUAAGCCUAAUGCUGUUCAAAUUGAAAAUUCAAACAAUGGUGAAGUAUUGAAUUUAGUCAAUUAUGUAGAUGAAAAUGAUCUAGUGGAUGUCAUGAGCCCUUUUUCUUGA